AUGUUGAACCGAUUUACUCAAAAGAGGAUCUUCUCAAAAGAAGAUUUUUAUUCCAUCAAAAGAGUAAACAACAAGGGGUCUAAAACUUCUUCAAAGGAUGAAAAUGAGGCUGGUAAACCUCCUCCUCCUGAACUCCAGUAUGCACCAUACCACAAACUACAGAAACUCAGCAAAUCUGAGUUUGAAGACCUGUAUAUUGAGGUGUUGUAUACCAUCAAACACAAAGUGGGGACAACCAUUGGGGGCCACUCCCCAUUUAUGCAAGAUCUCUAUCUAUAUGCCAGGGAGGCUUUUGGUGUUACCCCUGAAGAUCAUGCCCACUUACUGGCAAAGGCAAGCAAAGAAAUGCCUCCCACCCUGAUUCUUAUUGUAACCGUAAUAGAAGCCCGCAAUCUAGAAGCCAAAGAUGCCGAUGGAUUCAGUGACCCCUAUUGCAUGCUGGGUAUUAUGCCAUAUCGUGACAGAAGCCAAAGUAUAACAUCAGCUUCCUCUGAAGAUGAACUUGAAAAUCGUGAAUCACCGAAUACACCAAAAAAUCCACUGAAAAAAUUCUCAAAUUUAAGCUUUAAAAAGCGUAGUAAGGAUAAAGGUAGUGUUGCUGUCCGAGAUGAACUCCCCGCGAAAUACAUCAAGUCCACGUCAUACAAGCCAGAUACUUUGAACCCAGUGUGGAAUGAAAAGUUUAGAUUUGAUCUGGAUUGUAGAGAAACUGACUGUCUGCACAUAGAUAUAUGGGACCACGAUGAUGAAUUCUCAGUGCUGGAUGCUGCAAAGACACUGAAUGAGGUCAGUGGAUUUAAAGGAUUGAACAGAUUCUUUAAACAAGUGGCCCAGUCAGCACGUACAAACAACGAUGACCAUGUGGAUGAUUUCCUCGGCUGUGUGAAUAUCAAAGUUUCGGAGAUCCCAUCUACGGGUAUAGAAGAUUGGUUUUCACUGGAAGGCAGAUCAGAUAGGUCAAACAUACAAGGUGAAAUUAAGCUGAACAUUAAGCUAGCAACACGAGAAUACAAGAAUGACUACAUCGAGGGGGAUAACUGGGAUGAUUUAGCUCAGCAUGAAGAUCUCCUUUGUAUGUUCAUCAAGUAUGAAAUCACAAAAUUCAGAUAUGAGACAUUCCGAUGGACGGGGGAUCUACCACAGGCUGCAAGAACCAUACUCCAUCAACAUGCUAUACAGGGGGAUGUCACGGAUGCACAACAGUCAGCUUGUCGUUGGAUGGCCUACAGUAAGAUGCAUAUACAGAAUCCAUUUGACUACAUGUUCUUGUUAAGACUGUUGAAAGAGCUUGAUGAAAUAUGGCAGCCCCCAGACUUCUCCAGAGAGGAGAAAUGGUUGCAUGCGAGGGAUUUUGAAGAAAAGUUGAGCCAGUCAUUUAGUAGAUUUAUCGAGUUCUGUAUGAAUCUGCUACGUCGUGUUCGUGAUGCGUUUCCUGGGGCAAACAAGGCAGCUUUUCAUCGUUUACAAGGCAUGCUCAAAUGUCUAAGUCAGAUUUAUGACAUGGAGGUGUUUCGUUACUGCAGUCCAUUCAGGAAGGAACUUAGGGCAGAAAUCAAAACUGCACUCAAGAGUGGGACAGAGGAGUGGUACAUGAAAACAUUUGAAAACACAAGACCCAAUGGUGAUAUGAGUGCAAAAGAUGAAGAGUCCACAGUUCAGAGACUGAUACAGCUCUGUGCUCUGGUCAACAUGGACUUACAUAAGGCAGAGAAAUAUUAUAAUAAAUUAUUUGUCGAUCUAGUCAAUGUGAAUUUCUUAAGCUCUGUAUACAGGCAGUUUGAAAAACUUCUAGGACCAGAUGCAAUGAAGAACCUAGAGCACUUGAAAGAGCUGCAUGUUGAUGAGAAAGAUCUUGGAAAUCCCGCAACUCAACAGUCAGGAAUUACACUAUUUGAACUAUAUAUGUCAUUACAGGAGUUCACCAAGUUCAGGAAAGAAUUGCCUUCAGAUGACAGAAAACAAUUGGCCAUUACUAAAUAUUAUGAAUGGUUCCAAGUCCCAGUAGAGAAAUGGUUGGUUGUUGCAAAACUCAAGUGCAUGCAUCGAAUCCAGAAAGCUGUGGAGUUAGAUAAGGAAGUGGAUACUGGAGAGGGUAGUAAGACGGAUGAUAAGGCCAAGCACAGUACAUCUGCUGUAGACAUAUGUGCCUGUUUCCAACAAAUUGUAGACUUCUGGCGUCAGUUAGACUGGCAGGAUCACUCAACCGGUCUAGUCUUUGUCACUAGCAUCACACAGGACAUCUGUAAUGGUGCUAUGUACUAUGCUGACCUGAUACAUGAUAAACUCAAGGCUGCUGGAUACUAUGAUGAAAUAGGACAAUUUGAUGUCACCCAACAGCUGUGUAUCACAAUCAAUGACAUAGAGCAAGUACGACGUUCCUUAAAGCCACUCCCAGAGCAGCUACGUUACGAACAGAUCGCUGCGGCUCUUGACAAGAAAGGUGGCAGCACUGAGAGUGGAAAACAAGCGAGACAGAAUCUGUAUAUGCUGAUCCAUAAGGCAGAUGAGAAUAUGGGCAACAAGAUUAAACUGGUCACUGAUCGAGUGGCUGAUAAGAUGAGGCCUGCUCUCAAGAAAGAUGUGUUUCACUUAUGUUGGUCCCCUGAGAAAGUUCCUGCUGCAGAAGCCAUCAGCGCCCUUAUGGAGUACUUAGAUAGCAACUUACUGACCCUGAACAACAAUCUUCUUCGAACCAACUUUGAUCGCAUCCUGGAUUCUAUCUGGGUAGAGGUCCUUGAGGAGAUCAGAGAUGUUGUAGAGUCUGAGGAUCAGAAAACUACUUUAUUUCACAAACGUCUGUAUGAGUCUCUGAACAUCUUGGUGGACUUUUUCCAUGCUAAUGACAAGGGUCUUCCUCUCCAGAGGAUGCACACUAAACAAUAUCAGGAAUUGAAUUCCAUACUGAAGCUGAGCUGUGAACAUACGGAUAGAGUCAUAGAGGCCUACUACAUUGACAAGAUAAAUAAACAGAAUACAACAGAAAGGGUUGACUUUGGCACACUGUCAGUGCGUGUGUAUUACAAUACAGAUGCGGAGAUACUAUUUGUUGAGGUUCUUAAUGCCAAGAACAUUCUACCAUUAGAUGCCAAUGGCCUGAGUGACCCCUUUGUUCUGAUAGAGCUAUGUCCUGCGCAUCUCCAUACGGGGCAACACCAGCAACAGACUAAGAUCAUCAAGAAAACACUCAACCCAACCUUCGAUGAAUCCUUUGAAUUCAACAUUAGCAGGGCACAUUGCAAGCAGCCAGGCUCAUGUGUGUUAUUUACAGUGAUGGACCAUGAUCUCAUGUUUCGGAAUGACUUUGCUGGUGAAGUCUAUUUAUCAUUGAAUCAUAUCCCGGGGAUUUCUGGUGAAGACGUCUCAGGAUUCACAGCCUUGACCCCCCUUACUUUACCCCUGAUACAGCCCCCAAAGAAUGUGACUGCGGACAGUCCUGCCUUAGCUGUAUUAGAACGCAGACUACAGGAUCCAAAAGCCAUGGAGUUUGUCAAACGAAGGAAACAAGUUCAAGACCAGUCAGCAUAAAUGUGUACUAAGAUCUGAAAAACUAUGUCAUUAAGAGUUGUAGCUGUGUAUAGGGCAUGUGGAUGUACAUCGAGACAAAAGGGAGAUUGAGGCAAAGGCCAUGUUGAUGUGCUCUGAGGCAAG